CUGGUUUUUCAUUUUGUAGCCUAUCUCAUGGAGAAAGCUGCAUCGAUGAUUUCCGCAAGCCCAGCACCGCUGACUGGAGAUGCAGCUGAGUCUACCUUGGCUAAGAUGUGGGAGGAGAACCGACACAUUCGGAACCGUUUGAGGCAAGAGGGUGCUUUAGUGAUUUGGCCGAAGCCGGAACUCAUUGGUCAUCCAAACAUGGCCGCCAUUGCUUUGAACUCUUAUCCUUUGCAAGUCUUGGCUAAAUGGUGGUGUCCUCAACAAGGGUCUCCGAAGUCACCUUCAGUCCGAGCGUUGAAGCGUGAGGUUUCCGCACUCAGAGCACUUACUAUGAUACCAAACACUGUGGGCUUGGUUCACGCAGAUGCUUGGGCCCUGAAGAAGUUGUUCACAUAUGGCUGCAGAAAGUCUGGGUUUGACAAGGAUGCCAAUGGUUCACCUAUCCGCAAAGAUGUUGGAGCCAACAUCUUCUACGAGGAGCUGUUUCAAUGGUGGAACGUGCGUCUCCGCCAGACUCCUUCAUGUGAUGUCAUCGAUAUCCAGGAUUCAGAUGUGGAGGAGGACUUGAACGAAUCCAUGGUAUCGAUCAAAGUUGAUCCUUACCUCUGCAG